ACGAAAGAGUAACAGUUGGUAACAUGCAGUUGGUUCAAUCGUUCAAACAGACAGGAGGAAGAGGAGCGUAGCUAUUCAGAAGGAAUACAAAGAUGGCGAAACCCUCCAUUGCAAUCACUGAGAGCUUCGCUUCCGAAGCAAAAAUUGCAGACGACAUUCCUCGGGAAGAUGCAAUCAGAGUUCUGAAAUUUCUCCGACUUGUUGGAAUCUCGGACCCUGUCCCAGAUGAGUUCGAUGCUAAGAAGGACACCUACUCCGACGUCAUUCGUGACCUCCUCAAGCCCCUUCACAUUUCCCCAGGCCGUGUCACCUGCGUCGUAUCUGUGAAGCCUGCUGUCACUAAUUCCUUUUCCGGAUUUCAUGGAGGAGCUAUUGCUGCUGUUGCUGAGGCUGUGUCCAUGGCUUGUGCAAGAACUCUUGUGGCUAAGGAUAAGGAGCUUUUUCUGGGGGAACUAAGCAUAUCUUACCUCUCUAGUGCAACAAAGAAUGAAGAGGUGAUAGUUGACGCAUCUGUUGUGCGGAGUGGAAGAAACCUCAGCGUGAUAGCUCUUGAAUGGAAACUCAAGAAAACUGGGCGUUUGGUUUACACUGCUCGUGCUACCUUCUACCACACGCCUGUUGCAAAAUUAUGAUUUCGCGUAUUAAUUCUCUCUCUCUAUGUGUUUACCCAAAUUCGUACCUCUUGGACACAUUUCUAUAGCACAUCUUGUCAAUUUGCUGCCAUCUGCAUAGUUAUUCCGAUAUAGAUCACUAUGCAGUAACUAUAAGAUCAAUUAUAUCUACGUGUAUACAUACGAUAGCGUGCAACGGGGAUAUGAAAGUUCUAUUCA